AAAUUCAACUACGAUUUUGAAUUUCAUUUGAAUUUAGAUGAUGCGCCUCCGCCCCCACGUCGCGCCCACACCAUGGAUCGAACGUCUCUGCAACAGCUGCAGCAAUAUCGCACUCGCGAUAUUCCAGUUGCGCGCGAGGUCGCUAUGCCGACCAGCAAUUCAACGUAUGUGGAACGUAAUUAUCACACAAUUAGCUCCUCGAAUGCCUGCCGAGAGGCAAGCGGGCCGUUCGCAGCUUCCCAGCAACAAUCGCGAAUACUGCAACAGCAAUCGCGACCGCAACCGCAGAGCCAACAGCAACAGCAACUCGAAUCGCUUUACAGUACAGUGGAGAAGCGUGUAGUGCAACCGUCGCGGAGGCAAUAUUCACCAUCACCGUCUCCAACACAAUCGCAGCAAGAGCGUCGACUGGAGUACUCCAGAUAUGGAAAUGGAAAUGCAGCUGGUUAUGGCAUUGACAGCAGCCACGAGUAUGCAACAAAUAAUCGAAGCUCAUUGGGGGCUGCCGUUGUUGCACGCAGCCGCAAUGACUUGUCAUCGCCCAUUUAUGCCACGACGAGUAAGCAAGUCACCGCUGCGACGAGCACAUAUCACAGUCGUAACUCAAUCGAGCCAGCAUUGUCAGUUACGGAUCACCCGAUGGCGGCAUCGUUGUCGUUGCCAGUUGGGCCAGCGUCAACUGUGGCAGCGACUGCGAAUGCGGUAGAGGCUGGCAAGAUUUCACCUUCGCCAUUACACGUCGCACGCCCCGAGACGCCUGCGUUUCCCGUUACGCCACGCACGCCAUAUGGUGGAUAUAAUGGUCAAAACAGCCCCAUAGCUUAUUCGCACAGCCCGGUUCCACAGCGCCCGGACUUGCCAAAUGGAAAGUCAAUGCUUGACUUGCACAACUUCUCCUCGGAGACCAUUUACCGCACAAGUUGCCGGCCACGUCUCGAUUCCAAUAUGUCAAUGGUGAAUAGUGAACCCCAGGAGGUCGCUGCACAUCUGGUCAAAUUUGCCAAAGACUCGUCCAAAUACUGGUACAAACCGAAUUUGUCGCGUGAAGAAGCCGUUCAAUUGCUACUACACGCUGAACCGGGCACAUUUAUUGUCCGAAAUUCCACAACGUACAAGGAUAACUACGGUUUGGUAGUGCGCGUACACCAACCACCUCCAAACAGCGAGCUCACUGGCCAACCCGACGAUUUAGUCCGCCACUUUCUCAUUGAGCCCACAAACCAUGGAGUCAGAUUGAAGAGUUGUGCCAAUGAGCCGGUCUUUACAUCGCUUUCGGCGCUCAUCUAUGAACAUUCAAUCAACAAAUUGGCUUUGCCAUGUUUGCUACGUAUACCCGACCACGAUUUGGUGCCAUCGCUAAUUGAGCCGACAAGCGCACAGAAACAGUUACUGACGCAAGGUGCCGCCUGCAAUGUGCUGUGGCUAUUCUCAAGUGAAACGGAGUCUCUGACUGGCGAGGAGGCUAUCCGCAAAGCCAUACGUCAGCUGUACGCACAACAACCGUUGCCCAUCCCAACCGAGGUGCACUUCAAGGUCACUCAACAGGGAAUCACUCUCACCGACAAUACGCGAAAGAAAUUUUUCCGAAAACACUACCCCGGCGAUAGCAUAUCAUUUUGUGCCAUAGAUCCAGAUCAUCGGCUCUGGGAAAUCCAGUUGACGGAAGAAGACGGCAGUGCGAAGAAUACCACCGCCGUUGGAGCGCUAAAGAAGACCAUAUUUGCUUUUGUGGCGCGUAAUUCGCCAAAAUCGAAGGACAAUCAAUGCCAUGUAUUUUGUGAUUUGGAUACUCAUCAGCCAGCUUCGGCCAUCGUUUCGUUCGCCAAUAAAACACUACCGACGGAAAAGGAACGUAAUUUUGUGCUCUGAUGGUAGAAGGGUGCAGAACAGAGCGCACACUUGGAUAACUGACCACUUAUCCAAGCACCUUCACACCAAUCAACCUUCUAUCAAUUAACAGGAACAGAAAACUAUGUGAAAUGAAAGCUGAAAAUUGGCAUUACUUGCAUAUAUACCCGAUUGUACCUGUAGUAUUUCUGCUUAAGCACUUCAAUUGGACACCUCCUGCAGCCGGGCAAUUUUCGAAUAUAUAUGAGCGAAUCCCACGAGUUGUUACAUUUUUCGACAAAAACCUGUUUUCGGUCGAAAAUGGUAGGUCACCCAUCUGGGAAAAUGCAUUAUCUUCAGUUUUGUAUAAAGAACAAGAUUCCAUCGCGAAAUUGUGUUUAAAUGAAAACUUAAAAAAGAUAUACUAAAAAAAAAGUAAAAAUAACCAAUAAUAAAAAUAUGUAACAAUUUUAGAUUGAAUUUCGAGUGCACCAAUAAAAAUUAAAAAAAUGGAUUUUUAGUUUCUCAAAUCAUAGUAAUUUUUUUUUUUUUCAUUUGGUGGCACAAUAGUCUUAUUACACUAGAUUCCUUUGCUUUAAAAAGAAAAACAUUUUCAUCGUUUAAUCUUAACAUUUUGAAGUAACUUAAAUUAUUAAAAUAAAAAAAUAAAACACUGUAAGAUUUCAAAAACUGCAAAAUAGCUGCGACAGAUAUUCUGCAUGCCGCCAUUUUCUUAAAUUUCGUAGUGCCCUCUUGAAACUGCACAGAUAUGUGGUAUUUGAUUUUAUUGGAAAACUUACCGAAGUUUUUAAAAAAAAAAAAA